AUGUAUAUACAGAACGUCAAUAAGAGAGACUGGGAAAAUAGUUCAUGGACAUCAGGUGGAGGUGCAAGAUGGGCCUUCUUUGCUGUGUUUAUAGUGCUCAUUCUUAUAGUGGUGUUGGGAACUAUUCGGGUAAAUAAAAAGCGGUCCCAACAGGGAAUUCAACCCAUAUAUGGGACUCGUUGGAUGACACCACCUUCAUACGUGCAAUCACAGACCCAAUAUAACCAGCCAAAUACCAGAGACCCCGAUAUGCCUACAAAUUAUGUUCCAGCAUACUCGGCCGAGGCAACUGAGUACGAUAUGGGAUACUACGACAAUAGUGGCAAAUUCCAUGCUAAUCCAAAUGCCAAGUCCCAGACAAACGUUGAGAUGUCGGACGUUACAUAUCCUGAAAAUGCACAUCAGCGACUGAGCAGCGGAACUGCUGGGGCACCAGUGGGCCGGAUACCUACGCUUCACGAACAGAGUGAUGAGAAUGACGACGAGGACUUGUACAGACCGCCACCGGGGCCACCUCCGUCAGCUGGUCGCUUGGAUACAGGAGGAACAGCAUCGACAGUCUCUCCUACGAUACCAGGACAAUUUCCUACCAACGAUAGGGCCACAUGA